AUGGACUCAGGCAGGAAUAACGAGGACCCUAGCCCAGAAUAUCCCUUACUGCCAAUUCCAACGCAAGUAGGACGCGGGCACCCUCAUGCAGAACGACAACACUCUCCUGCCCCAUCGUCUGCCAAGACCACGGUCGUGACACAGGAAAACCCCGCAGACAGCAAAUUACACCACGCUCCCUCAAACAUAGACUACGGGUGGGUAUGGAAUAUAGUUGGGCUCGGCAUGGCACUUGCCAUGCUGAUUGCCAUAAUUGUCAUCUUGAGUAUGUAUGAUGGCAAGCAACAACCCAGGUGGAAGUGGAUUUCGCUCAACACUCUCCUCUCUUGGUUGAGUACGGUUGGAAAAGCCUGCAUUGCAUUCCCUCUCAGUGCUGGCCUGUCGCAGCUCAAGUGGGUGUGGUUUGCGCAGAGAAAGCGCCCGUUGUCAGACCUGAGGGUUUUUGAUAACGCCAGUAGAGGCAUAUAUGGGAGUGCAGAGCUGGUGUGGGCAUUGGGGAUGCGUCAUUUUGCGGUACUGGGUGCCAUUGCGGUGCUGCUCGCCGUCGGCUUUGACCCGUUUAUCCAGAAUCUAGUACAUUACUCGCCCGAUCUUAUCGUGGAUGCAUCGCAGGUCUCUCGUCUAGCAAAUGCCACAAAUUACAGUGGCCUUGGACCGUUGGGAACCGCUUCAAAUAACUACUAUAUUGAGCCUACAUUCAAAGGAAACAUAUACAACUCCAUAUUCAGUACAGAUCCAGCGAGGCCAUGGGCCAUCCCACAGUAUAUGUGCCCAACAGGCAACUGCACCUGGGACCCCGUUGCCUCUCUUGCAGUGCGCGCCCUUUGCUCAAACGUUACAUCCUCCAUCAAGAAAGUAUGCGAACACCGUGUUCACAAAUUCGAGGGUUCAUAUGAAAAUUGCACGGUCUCACUUCCCAAUGGGGUAUCAGUAUAUUACGCCAACCUGCCUUCAGCAGAAGCAAUCGCCUUGCAAGUUCAACCCUCGUCUCAGCCCGUCAUGUACACCAAUGCCACCUUACCUGUCCUCCAACGCAUUGAAGCAGUAGUCGCCAGCACGGGAUCAGGGUGGAAUAUAGCCUCAGAUAUUAGGCGUGAUCCUAGAUAUGUCGCGACGGAAUGCUCUCUGGAACCCAUCGUCCGCAGUGUUAAAGCCGAUGUGAAUAACUCCGUCUAUCACGAAACCGUUCUCGCAGAGUGGACAAAAGUAGAUGUGUGGUACGACAUAAAAAAGAGCAGCAACGGGUCCUCCCUCGUCCCCAACUGGAAUCAAAGCCUAGGCACGCACCCUGGCCAGAACUUUACUUUGGCUCCGAAAAGCCAGGCUACGAUACAGCUGUUCAUGGAGUCACUUUUUUCUGGCAACGCGUUCACCACCACGAUGGGGCUAUCAUUCAAUGCAAUUGGAAUUCAAUAUGAUUCAUAUGCGACAGCUGAUGUCAUGCAGUCUUUUAUGUAUGGAAACAUCACGGGGUGCGCGGACACCAAGAAUGACCGGUUUGGCUGCGCGAUGAGGAAUGUCGCUGGUGCUAUGUCUAAAUCGUUCCGCGACCAGGCAUAUAUAGAUAAUGGGCCGGAGGCUGGUAUGGCAGUGGGCUCUACACAGGUGAAUGUCACUGUCGUUCAUGUCCGUUGGCAGUGGAUGAGCUUGCCGUUGCUUGUUUGGCUGCUUAGUGCUGUGACCUGGCUAGGGACAGAGUGGAAAACGCACCGUGGGAAGUUACAGAAGUGGGCUGAUAAUCCGCUUCCAUUGUUGUUUCUCUAUCGGAGUGAGGGAGAUAGUCAAACUGACGAAGCGCAGGGGUUGUCUAGCCAGGCAUAUGAACAGCGGGCGAAGAGCAUUCAUACGCAGCUGUACAUAAAGGAGAAUCAGGCAGCGUUGGUUGAGUAG